GUGAAAAUGGCAUCCGUUGAAAGAGCACUGCGAAUGUUAAGGAAUUUGCCUCGCGUUGCGAUUAACAACAUCAAAUGUAUGCCAGGAUCGAGAAAACGGGAAACAAGACGAAGAGGCUUUGCCAGAGGCCGCACUCAUGGUAGAGGAACAAAAGGUCAAGGUCAGAGUAUGACUCUGCCACGGCUUGGGUUUGAGGGGGGUCAGACCCCAUUCUACCUAAGGAUCCCUCAGGAACCAUAUUACCACAACCAGCAUUUGCGUCGUCAGUACCUUCCGUUGAGUCUGUUACAAAUCCAGCGUAUGGUUGACCUUGGUCGGCUGGACACCACCCAGCCCAUUGACCUUACUGCACUCUGUAACACCCAGAUAGUUAAUCUGCAGAUUGAGCGCAAGCAGUAUGGGGUGAACCUUACGGAUGAGGGUGCAGACAUUUUCAAGGCAAAGAUCAAUCUGGAGGUUCAGUGGACAAGUGAACAAGCAAUUGCUGCAGUAGAGAAAAAUGGAGGGGUUAUAACAACAAGGUUUUAUGACCCUGUCUCUCUAUAUGCUCUUCGAAAUCCAAAGCAUUUCUUCCAAAAAGGUGUUCCCAUCCCACGAUGCAAACUCCCACCGCAAGAUGCAAUAGAAUACUAUUCAGAUGCCAAAUCUCGUGGAUACUUAGCAGAUCCUGCAAAGAUACGCGAGGCACGUUUUGAGUUGGCUCAAAAAUACGGAUAUGAUCUUCCAGACUUAGCCGAGGACGAACUCUACGAAAUGUUUUUGCAGUACAAAGAUCCAAGACAAAUAUUUUAUGGACUCGAACCAGGCUGGGUUGUGAACUUGAAAGAUCAAGUUGUACUGAAACCAAAGUCGCAGGAAUUAUUAGAGUAUUAUCGCUCAUGAGGCUUGUAUUUUUAGUACCAUAUUUCGAAUGUGCUUACAUCCAGCACGAUGUUGUGGAUUGUUGAAGGACACUGACAAAGAUUACCUAUUCUGUUAGUGCUUAUCUCUUAUCAACAGCUUUGGUCCUGUGCCACAUCCUGUUACUCCUAUUCUGAUUGGUGGUUUUUGUACUGCAAAACCUGUUAAUUUGAUUUUGUGAAGUUGAUGAUGCUCAUAUUUGGAUGCUGAAAUCUUAUUUCACCUAAAAUUUCAUCCAUGGUUAUGGCACUCAUUUUACCUGUUUCAGAUAAUUCUGUUGGUCUUAUAAAGGUGUUUAGAGGAUUACAAAAGUUUAAGAUUCAGUGCUAAAAGUUUAUUUAAUAUUUUUCACUUUUAUUGGCCUUUAUAAAUGCACUGUUUGGCAGAUUUUUAGGUCAAAUGGGCUAACUUUGUCAGCUUAUUGUGGUCUUGGGAAGCAAACUGUAUCACGACUUCAUACUUGAUCAGUUGGCAUUCAAUUUAUCUUGAAUAUAAUAAUGUUUAUUCUCAACUUACCAAGUUCUACAUGUAAAAGUUUGAGGUUUGGAAAUAUUCACUUCAACAGUUAUUAUAAGCCUCAAGUUGGAAGCCUUAGGAUUAAAAAAGCUGACAUCAGUAGUUUGUCAGUAUUACAGUAACCACACAUCAAACAAAGCAUAAAAUUCACUUCUGUCUAUAACAGACUAUCAGAAAACAUCUGAUUACAGUUUGCAUAAUUAGGUUUUGAUUUUAUAAAGGUUCUUUGCAAAAAAAAUGUAAAUGCCUUUGUCUUUGAUUCAAGAUAUCACGUCUAAGAUUGUACUGUAUGAAUAUCUACAUCUGUUUACAAAGUUUAGAAAAGGUGGGUUCAGUGGCAGAGUGGUGAAGAUGCUUACCUUUUAUUCACAAGGUGUGGAUAAACCUUGGAGUAUAUAUAUGCCUUAGCUGUUUGUGCAGUCGUAAUGUUUGUUGAAAGCCGCUUGUCUUGCACCAGUAUUAAAUAUGGUGUGAAUAUCUGUACAUUAAAUGUAAAAGAUCAUCAGUAAGUUACCAGAGAUCAGUGGUUUAUCCAAGAACUAAAGUUUUCUUCACCCAACCCAAUCCAGUGAUAAAUUCUUGAGUAUAGCAUUAAACAAUCCAAUAAAAUGCAGAAACGAAUGCAAUGUUUAAGAUUUCUUUUCAUGGGUGUCCUCCAUGUGUUAUCUGAUUGGUCCAGUCACUUUCCUGACACAACGGGAGAGCAGUCUGAACCUCACGUUUCAUAAAUGAGCAUGGUGUUAACCACUGGCUCUGUUGAAUCCAGUGUCCAAUCAUUCUCCAAGGCAUCUCAUCGUGGUCGUUUACAUAGCUAUGGCAUACAAUCUCAUGGGGACCAUUUGCUGCCUGAAGAAGUGAAUUCCAAGCUUUUGUCUAAUGACUUAAAAUAUUCAGACCCUGUGCCAUAUUAUAGAGUUCUCCUGUUAAACUGAUCUGUUUUAGGCAGGUUAUAUUUCCCAUACAAAGUAUUUUCUCAGAAAAGGCCACAGCUUAACCCCAUAUGUACCAGUGUUGAGGUUCAACAAACGGGAAUCACUUCUGGUUUGUUCAUGGCAUUGGUAUUUCAUAACAUUCUCAAUAACAUUACACAAAGAGAUUGGCGGACACGUAUGGGGAGCACACAGGU